GCCGACCCGACCUCGCCGCCGCCCGCCAUGGCCACGACAGCGCAGUACCUGCCGCGCGGCAGCCCGCUCCUGGCCGUGCCCACGCCGGACGCCGAGCGCCUGCACCAGGGCCCCACGUACCGCGAGGUGCAGAAGAUGAUGCACCACGAGUACCUGCAGGGCCUGGCCGCCACGCCGGGCCACCCCAUCGGCAGCCUCCCGCACCAUCAGUGGCUGCCGGGCGCCACGGGCGACUGGGGCGGCGGCGGGUCCCACCUGGAGCACGCCAAAGGCGGCGGCGCCGGCCCGCGGGGGGACCUCGACGGCGGCUUCCACUCCCGCUCGCAUCUGGUGCACCAGCAGGCAACGGGAGGCGGCGGAGGAGGAGGAGGAGGAGGGCACUGGGCGCAGGGCGGCCCGACGCAUCAUUUGGGCGGCUGUCCCUCGGCCAUGUCCCCGACGGCUGGCGGGCACCAGCCGCUGCUGUACUCGCAGGCCGCCUACCCGUCCCUUAACGGGAUGCUGGGCCCGCAGGCGCCCGCGCUGCACCUGCCCCACGGCCACCCGCCGCACGGGCACGACGAGGCGGCCGAGGCGCACCUGGAGGGCUCCCCGCCGCACCUGGGCCACCCGGGCCACGAGCCGCCGUCGGACGAGGACGCGCCGAGCUCGGACGACCUGGAGCAGUUCGCCAAGCAGUUCAAGCAGCGGCGCAUCAAGCUGGGCUUCACGCAGGCCGACGUGGGGCUGGCGCUGGGCACCCUGUACGGCAACGUCUUCUCGCAGACCACCAUCUGCCGCUUCGAGGCGCUGCAGCUGAGCUUCAAGAACAUGUGCAAGCUCAAGCCCCUCCUCAACAAGUGGCUGGAGGAGACCGACUCGAGCACGGGCAGCCCGGCCAACCUGGACAAGAUCGCCGCGCAGGGCCGCAAGCGCAAGAAGCGCACCUCCAUCGAGGUGGGCGUCAAGGGCGCCCUGGAGAGCCAUUUCCUCAAGUGCCCCAAGCCCUCGGCCCACGAGAUCACCUCGCUGGCGGACACUCUGCAGCUGGAGAAGGAGGUGGUGCGCGUCUGGUUCUGCAACCGACGGCAGAAGGAGAAGCGCAUGACGCCCGCCGGCGGCCCGCACCCGCCGGCCAUGGAGGACGUUUACGCACAGCCCGACGCCUCGCCGCAGCUCCACCACACGCUCCAGAGCCCCGUGCAAUGACUGAGCCGCGGGGGCUGCGGGGCCAGCUCCGGAGCGCUGGACUGGACUGGCGGGGACUGGCUGCGGGACUCGCCCUCGCCUUGGGCGGCCGGCCGCCGGCACUAGGAAAGGCCUGCGGGCGCCGGCUCCUCGCCUCCCGGACUGCCGGGCCGGAGCGCACGGGCGGCGGAGAGGCGCGCUAAUUUAUUCCUCGGCCUCCAGGCAACCGACUCUCUUUCUAAUUUAAACUGCUGUAUUUAUUUGAACUUCCAAAAAAAACGAAAACAAAAAAACACCAAACUUGCUCCGACCAAGCAAAGCCGCCCGGCGGGCAGGAGCGCUAGGCCAAAGGUCCCCCUCGCGUCUCUUCCAGCGCACGUCCCACAUCCAGGAAGGGAGGAGAGGAAAGGUAUCGGGAGGGGCUGCUCGCCCGUCGCUUCUGGCUGGGCGAAUCGGUGAGGUGCGGGUGGGUGGGGAGAGCGUGUACUUGGCUUCCCAAAUGGCCCGAUCCCUGAAAACCCACGGGAUGCCUGCAGGUUUCCAAACGGCUCUGCCCCGCGGAUGCCAUUCCCAAGAUCCCGUCCAGGUACUCAUACUGAGGGGCAUUCCUACUGAACGAGCCCCUCUCCCGGAGCCUGAGAGGCACACACGGGCAACCCCCACCCCCGUGGGGCCUGCACGGGAAUGGGCCCGGCUCGGUCCUGCCUGCCUGUUUCUUUGGCCAGCGGGCCGGGCCCGCCUGUGCAGUCCUCUUUAGGGCCUGUCGGUAUCCUCCGCCCUUCCCGUCUGUAUCCUGCUCCGUUUUUAUUUAUGUUACAGCCAAUAUUUUAUUACUCGCAUAAAACAUUUAU